CCUGUCCCUCUUGUUCCUCCCACUUUGUCCUUUUUUUCCAUUGACACCCUUGUGCCCUACCUCGCACAACCAGCUCACACAGCUCCUACUUCCUCGGUCCUAAGCUCGGCGUUGCUGAGUACAGUUGCGCUACAGUUGCGCUCUCGGUCUCUAGAGCUCGGGAGAGCUAAAGCUCUCUCCGAGAUCGUGCAAACAUGUAGGAAGUUCGGCAAACAGAUCCAGCGCAGGCAGCUAGAUCUCCCUGAAUAUGCCGCCAGCUUUGUCAACUACAAGGCAUUAAAGAAGUUGAUCAAGCAACUCAGCGCCACCCCAACUAUCCCGGCACAAAGAACUGCCGAGGAAAUCGCUGGAGCACAUGUCGACUCACAAGGCGCCUUGCGCGCAAAUAAGGAGGUGUUCUUCUUUCGCUUGGAACGAGAGAUUGAAAAAGUCAAUACAUUUUAUCUCCAGAAAGAAUCAGAGUUUUCUCUGCGCCUAAGGACGUUGGUCGACAAGAAGCGGGUGACUCAGUCCCGAACUACGUCGAAUUCAAAAGCACCGUCGAAUUUUGUGGCUAUGUUCGAAGGCUUCCAGCAAUUCGAUGGCGACUUGAAUAAGCUACAGCAAUUCGUCGAGAUCAACGAGACUGCCAUGUCCAAGAUCCUUAAGAAAUGGGACAAGACUUCUAAAUCUCGCAUGAAAGAGCUAUAUCUGCAUCGGGCUGUCGAAGUGCAGCCAUGUUUCAAUCGUGAAGUCCUCCGGGAUCUUGCCGAUAGGGCUACUACUGCCCGCUUGGAGUUAGAGGCCUGGGCCGAAGGGGAGAAUAUUCAAUAUGAUACCUCACGGCCUGUGGAUCGCACCGCAACCCUGGCCUCGGAAGAGGAUGAGCUGGACAACCAGAUCCUGCAAUCAGCCUCGACGGGUAAUCUCCAGACCUUGCGUGAAUGGCUGGCUAGGCUACAGCAGCUGCCGGACGCUCGUGACCGCGCCACUCGCACAUUCCUCGGCGCUAUCAACGGAUUCCCAGAUGAGGUGCUCGCUCUGAUCUUGGAAAGUCAGCUGGUUGACAUACAUGCCGAGGACGAUAUUAAUGAACGAAACUGCCUUCACGAAGCCGCCAUCUCGGGCCGAACGUUUGUCUUCCACGCAGGUCUCAAGGCAUCCGUUGAUUACGCCCGGGCUGAUGUUUAUGGCCGAAUCCCUCUCCACUAUGCGUGUAUGCAUGGUCGUGUGGAUAUGGUGCGAGACCUGCUGACAGCGGGCCCUCAUACCGUUGAUAUCAUGGACCAUGAUAACUUUACUCCCUUAAUUCACAGCAUUGUAAAGGGCCAGUUGGCAUGCGCGGAGCAGGUCUUAUGUAGCAAUGCCCGUGUGGACCCGGAGCCAGAGUCUCCCUCUUCUAAGGGAAUAGACCAUCAUCCUCUGAAGGGACCGGAUCAUAUUCCCUUGAACCUCGCCUGUCAACACGGCUCUCUCCCCAUCGCGAAGAUGCUUCUUGAGCGGAAUGCGAAGUUGCUGCCAGAUGCCGAGGGUCUAUACCCCCAGCACAUGGUCGCCCGCGCUUCACAAUCGCCAGAGCUACUACUGUUGCUGAAGCAGCAUGGUGCCGACCUCGAUCAAAAGGAUAAGCUUUACCAGUGGACUCCGUUGUUCCAUGCAGCCAGUGAAGGCUGCGUCCCCUGCCUACGCACUCUCCUCGAGUGUGGCGUCGAUGCUCAGGUCCCAGAUGAAAAGGGCCUUUCGGCCAUGUACUAUGCUGCAUGGGAAGGGCAUCUGGAGUGCAUGCUUCUUCUUUGGGCUCAGCCAUCUCGCAAUAAGCCUUCACUUGGACCGCUCGACAUUCUCAAUGGCAUGCGGAUGCACGAGGCUGGUCUGAUGGGCGACCCGAUGUCCAUGGACACGAAUGUCUCUGAGAUGGAAAUGGCCGAUGGAAUUCCGGAUCUGGAGUUACCUCCCCCUAUUAUUCCUCUUCGUCGCUAUGGUCACAACUUCCUUGACAAGAAGGUAUUCGUCCAGCUUUUGUUUGAUCAAGGAAAUGUGGGAUCUAUUGCCUUUGAUCAGGCCGGCCGCCAUCCUGCUGCUCGCAUGACUAUUUCUUCCAAGCUGUCAGAUCUCAUUCCCCGUACUAUCAUGCUACCCAUACAGGAUGAGACACGCACGAUAUCGUUCCACGUGGAUAAUCUGGACACUUUUGCCGUGGACUUCGAGAUCUUCCCUACAUUCGGUUCAAAGGUUAUUGCAAAGAGUGUGGCUCUUCCAGAGAUCUUCCGCGCUGAGUCGUCGAGCACUGGCUCGUGCUGCUUACCUCUGUUUGAUCCACGACUCCGUGCUAUCGGCCAGCUGCGCUUCAACUUCCAAGUCAUCAAGCCAUACCACGGCGAUCCCUUGGAAAUCACACACUUCGCCACAUAUUGGAAGGCGACUAGCGCUAUUGAUUCAGAGCACAAUGGUCUGGUGACUGGUUCAAGUUUGUCCGGAGAUUAUGUCCAACUCUUUGUACAAUUGACCCGGGAUCGUGUCGCCGUCCUCUACCCGCAAUUCAUGAUCAACCACCACGGUGUUGAUAUUCCGGUGUCUCAUUUGACUUAUACCCAGUUCCAGGCCAUUGGCGCUGAACGCGGUGUCAACCACCCCCAGAUCCUCCAUUUCUUGGAACAACAGGCGACAAACGAUAUGCCACAGACUCAUCGACUCCUAGCUGCGUCAUUCUUGUCGUUACGUGAUGUCUUGCGCCAACUGCCCAUUGACUUGAAUGUCAACAUCUCGAUCCUCUAUCCAUCACCCGCGGAGGAGAAGAAGCUCGACAUGACCUCUUUGGCGGAUGUCAACAGCUUCGCAGAUAUCAUUUUGACCGAUGUCUUCGAUCAUGCCCGUGUGGCCCGCGACAGGAACCCAGAAUUCAUGCGUUCCGUGGUAUUCACGUCUUAUAACCCGAAUAUCUGCAGUGCUCUCAACUGGAAGCAACCCAAUUAUCCGGUUCUUCUCUGCAAUGAUCUCGGUCAGAUCCGGGAUCUGGCUGGAAAUGUCGACUCACUGCCUCAUGUCAAUAGCAGUGGUCGGGCCUCGAUGUCGAUUAAGGAGUCUGCUCGCAUUGCCCAGAGUAACAACUUUAUGGGAUUGAUCUGCAGAUCCAGCCUCUUGAAUGUGGUUCCGGCGCUCGUGGAAACCAUCAAGGAGCUCGGCCUUGUGCUUGUGGCUGACACCUCUGACGAGGCCGGUCAGUCGGAUCGAAUCGAGGAGCUUCCCACCGCCGAUACUAUGGGCGUUGCGGAAUGGGCAUACCGUAUGCCCGACGGAGUCAACGGCGUGAUGAGAGCCAACGGCAUCCUGAGAUUUAACGAUAUGAUCGACAUGUGA